AUGUGGUUUGGGCAACUGAUCAUCGGGCCGCCGGGGUCGGGGAAAUCCACGUACGUGGCAGGAGUGGAACAUAUAUUGAAGCAGAUAAACAGAAAGUUGGUGCUAAUCAACCUGGACCCAUUUGUGGAGAAUGAUGUGUACAAGGCAGACGUAAACAUUAGUGAACUUGUAGAUAUAAAAAAAGUGUUCUGCGACCUGGGCUUAGGACCCAAUGGCACUCUCAUAUAUUGCAUGGAAUACCUUCUAAUGAACUUUGACUGGCUUGAGGAAAAGCUAAAUGAACACAAGGAUCACUACCUACUUAUUGAUACUCCCGGACAAGUGGAGUUGUAUACACAUAAUGAUGCCUUAAGAAAGAUUGUUCAAAAAAUGACCAAGAUAAAUUGUAGACUAACGUCGGUGCAUAUUGUUGACAGUACUUUAUGCUCCGACAACUAUAAAUAUGUUAGUGCACUACUGUUAUCCUUGUGUAGUCAAAUUCACUUGGAGUUACCUCAUGUGAAUGUUUUCUCCAAAAUUGACUUGUUAAAAUAUUUUAAGGACGAUUUAAAUUUCCCUCUGAGUUACUACGUGCAAGCGCAGAAUUUGGAGCAACUCAUGUUAUAUGCGCGCUACCAGAAUGAGUCCUCUUCCGACUCUGAGAUGGGAGACUCACCAAAGAACUCCUCAAAUGACAAAAACCACUGUGCCCAGGGCUCCAUCAAACAGGUCAUACAGGAUGAAAUAAAUACUGGUAAUAUAAGAAAUGCCAGGAAAAACUACAGGAGAUUCUCCAACAAAUAUCUGAAGCUAAACGAGUACAUAUGCGAAACGGUGGAAGAUUACAACAUUAUCAACUUUGCCCUUCUAGAUAUACAAGACAAAUAUAGUGUUCUUAAGUUACUAAAAAUUAUUGAUGGAGCUAAUGGCUUUCGCUUUAGCUCCAUUUAUUCCGAGUACUCUCUCUUUGACACGUACGUUGAAGCCAUUGAGUAUGACUGCGACGAUAUUCAGGAAAAGAUCGUCGACGUUUCGGAUGAAGAGAAAUUCGCGUCCCAAUCUGCGCACCCUCCUAACGGGUGA